GAACAUGAUUAGAUGAUGAAUAAUAAACGGAGCAAAACUUGUAGCUAUCUCAGAUUUCCUCCACCAAGCCUUCCUCAGGGCAUCGAUGGAGGAAGCUAAUGUGUCACUUCUGACAUCAAGUAAUUCUGAUGCAGAUGACAUCGAAUUACCUAACCGUGGAGUUAAAGAUUUGAUCCGUGAGUUUUCGAGGGAGACCAAGAAGCUGUGGUACCUUGCUGCUCCAGCAGUUUUUACUUUGGUUUGCCAGUAUUCAAUUAGUGCCAUUACUCAAAUCUUUGCUGGCCAUGUCGGAACCAUCCAACUCGCUGCCAUCUCCGUUCAAAACUCUGUUAUUGCCGGUUUUGCCUUUGGAAUCAUGUUUGGGAUGGGAAGUGCAUUAGAGACGCUUUGUGGGCAAGCAUAUGGAGCAAAACAGCUCGAAAUGCUGGGGAUUUACAUGCAGAGAUCUUGGAUUAUUGUAGGUAGCACGGCCCUGGUGUUAGUGUUUCCUUACAUAUUCGCCACGCCUCUCCUAAAACUCAUCGGUCAAGAUCCUGAGAUAUCGAAAUGGGCGGGGACGUUUGCAGUGUGGAUGAUUCCGCAGCUAUUUGCCAAUGCAAUCAACUUUCCCAUCAGGAAGUUCUUGCAAGCUCAGAGCAAGGUCAUGGUGAUGGCCGCUAUAGCCGGGGUUACAGUAGUUGGGCAUACUUUGUUUAGCUGGCUGUUGAUGCUCAAGAUGGGAUGGGGACUGGCGGGUGCUGCAUUGGCGCUGAAUGCAUCCUCGUGGUUCAUGGUGGUGGCCAAUCUCGCGUAUAUAUUUAGUGGGACAUGUGGUCAAGCUUGGUCUGGUUUUUCUUGCAAGGCUUUUCAAAAUCUAUGGGGAUUUGUCCAAUUGUCUUUUGCAUCUGCAGUCAUGAUCUGCUUAGAGAUGUGGUAUUACAUGGCGCUGAUUCUCUUUACGGGGUAUCUCAAGAAUGCGGAAAUAGCUGUCGAUGCAAUUUCUAUAUGCUCGAACAUUUGUGCAUGGACGUUCAUGGUGUCUCUUGGAUUGAAUGUGGCAGUUAGCAUAAGGGUGUCAAAUGAACUAGGGGCAGGACAUCCAAGAACCGCGAAAAUAGCAAUGAUAGUAGCCUCGUUCGCUUCUCUUCUGCUCGGUAUGCUCCUGGCACUGGUUCUACUUGUUUGUCGAAGCAAGUUUCCCCCGUUAUUUACAAAUAGUAAGGAAGUCCAGACGGUUGUACAUGAGCUUACACCAUUGUUAGCAGCCACCGUGUUCAUAAACAGUCUUCAACCUACUCUUUCUGGAGUGGCCAUUGGAGCAGGAUGGCAAGCUUAUGUUGCAUAUGUAAACAUAGCUUGCUACUAUUUAUUUGGCCUUCCUAUUGGUCUCAUCCUCGGUUUCCUCUUCAACAUGGGCGUCAACGGCAUUUGGUUAGGAAUGCUGGGAGGUACUAGUCUUCAGACUACUGUCCUAAUCGCGAUGGUCCUCAGAACUAACUGGAAUAAGGAGGCUUCCCUUGCUGGAGACAGGAUAAAACAAUGGGGAGGAGAUUCAGUGGCUAAAGUAAUUGAUGCAAGUUAAUCCUUGUUAGUAUCAUGUUGCAGCUUAAUGUUAAUGCCCUGGCCUGAUAUUAUAAAGAGUCAGUGUUGAGGUGGUUAUGUCCUGUUUCAAUUCCUUCCAAUAUUGCCCCAUUUCGGCUUGGUUUUAUUUUUUGGGAUAACUAGUUUAAGUGUACGCGCUUUGCGCUUGAUUAAAACGCGUACCUCUUUUGACAACACAUACUACAAAAAAAAUUUGGACUUAGUUACGAACUUCGUCAUUAAUCCGUUGCUAAAUUGCUUGCCGUUAAAUUUUAUACCCCUUGUGUA